AAAUUUAGACUCUGUUUUUUUUUUUUUUUGAAAGUCUUCGUUUUCUAAGCGGCUCUCUCCCAUCGUCCGGCGACACUCUGUUCAUCAGAAAUCCCUCAUCGUCUCUAUCCCCCAAUCUUUCGCUUAAUCUUGCCGGUCGUCCACAAUCAAUCUCGCCGGCCGUCCAGAAAACAAAAGCUGUAUCGCAGUUACUGUCCCUGUCCGGGUCUCUCUCGCCGUCUCACUCGACCCAAUCUCUCGCUCAAUCUCGCUCUCUCCGUCUCUCUCGACGCAAUCUCUCCCUCAAUCUUGCCGGCCGUGGGGCGUUGCAUUCGUCUACCCAAGCAACUUCGCAGCCGCGGAUUUGUGGAUUCAUCCGUACCAAUUUCCAUUGCUAAAGCCAAUAUAGAGUCAAAUUCCAGUUGCGAGAUGAUACUAGAGAAGCUGAUUUUGCCAUCUUGGAGCAUGAAGGGCUGCAAUUUUUUCAGAGUAAUGGCUGAUGUGCUUUUCCAAUCAAACCAGAGGAACAAAGAACCUAUUCCACCUCAGAUUCAACAAAUUGUUAACGUGACACUGAAACUCAAUGUUAAACUAACUCGGUUCAAUUUCUUGAACCAUGAAGCUAAGUAUUUUGUUGUGAGCAUUGAUCAUGAUCCACUUCAGGCACGCGUAGAUGCAUUUAAGCUGCACAUCACUUCAGUUUGCCUAAACUGUACCAGACUACUAUCAUAGUUUAUACCUAUCUUAUUUCUAAACUUUGAUUGCAGCAUUUGACCAAGACUCCAAGUCCUGAAGAUCUUGGAGAAGCAACCUUAACUGGGCUGAAAAGGAAACAUGUUGCUGGUGACCUUGACGAUGAGAAGUAGUAUUGCUGCAACUUCAUGCAGUUAAGGGCCACAUUGUCAUGCUUCUGUUUAGCAAUUUGCUUUUAUCUACAGAGUGUUUAGUAUUAUCUUUUCAUUCAGGUUUAUAUGGAAUGUCUAUUUCUAGGUUGAUUCCCUUUUGGAUUGUCCUUUAUUGUUCAAUUUGAGUUGUGGACAGUAUGCAGGUUGUUUGCCUGACCAGGCUUGCUGCAUUUUUUAGAUAGUUUGAUAAAUGGUGUUAUUAAUGAAAUACUGUUGUCAAGGUUCUGCUGCUUAUUGAUUCCAGAUUGGAUGUGCUUUAAAACUUCCUCCUACUACUUAAACAACACACUUGGUCUGCU